AUGGAGAUAUGCAGACUCGCCCUUGUCUUCCUGUUUCUUUCUUCACUGCUCAUCCUUGUAUCAUCCUUCCGGCACAGUUCGAGAGCCAACACCAAGAAGAGGUGGCCACCGGGGCCAUGGGCCAUCCCCUUCGUCGGCAGCAUCCAUCACAUGGUGACCUCGCAGCCACAGGCCGCUCUCCGGGACCUCGCCGAGAAGCACGGGCCGGUGAUGUACCUGCGGCUGGGACAGAUCGACACUGUCGUGGUCUCCUCGCCGGCCGCAGCGCAGCAGGUUCUCCAAAGCAACGACGUCAACUUCGCGUCGCGCCAGGCCCUGAUCGCCGCGGAGAUCAUCGGCUAUGGCACCCUCGACUUUGCCUUCUCGCCCUACGGCGACUACUGGCGGGCGCUGCACAAGCUCUGCGUGCUCCAGCUCCUCAGCAAGCACAAGCACAAGUCUCAUAUAGACAGGCUACACUACACAAGGAUGGUGAUCAUGGAGACACUGCGGCUUCACCCAAUUCUACCCCUCCUCGUACCACAUCUAUGCCGGAAGACCUGUGACAUCGGUGGGUACGAGGUCAGCAAAGGUUCUAUGGUGGGGAUCAAUGCAUGGGCAACGGCAAGGAACCCAAAGUAUUGGGACAAUCCUGAGGAGUUUAGGCCAACAAGAUUUGAGAACACUACCUGUGACUACAAAGGUUCAGAAUUUCAUUACUUGCCAUUCGGUAGUGGGAGAAGGAUGUGUCCCGUCUUGAGCUUUGGGGUGGCCGUACUGGAGCUCAUCGUGGCACGGCUCCUCUACUACUUCGAUUGGAGCCUACCAGGCAAAAUGCUUCCGGAGGAGCUCGACAUGGACAUAACAGUUGGUGCAACAGCAAAGCGGCGCAACCAACUACACCUUGUGGCGACGCCUUAUGAUGUUCCAAUUCCAUUUGAAAAUUGA